CCGGAGGAGUGCUGUCUGAUCUGUUCAGCGCUACCUGCGCCCAGUGGUGAGGGAAGCUUGCGACGAAGACCCAGGGCGGGAGCUGGAAAAGUUUUCCGGGGAGACAGUGGUAGCAGCGUGGAGCAAUGGAUUACUGAGGAGAGACGCUGUCCUACAUACAAGUGUGUUCAAACCAGGGGGAAAGAUUUGAUGUUAGAAAAGGAGAUACACCCGUAGAAUUUGGAGUUCGUUAUAUCCCGUACCUCGGUGGUGAACGUCUGGCAGGAGUUUUUUUUUUACGCGGAACGUUGCUUGUAUUGUCCCUCUGUCAACUCAUUUUUUCAGUGAAGUUCAUUUAAAAUCUGCGCUGCAAUUCAGAGUUUUUUUUUUUUUGCUUGGGAAUUUGACCCACUCGGAGAUAAUUAUUACUUGUUGUCCUUUGGAGUUCGUGGUGUGAGUGGAAUAGGAAUAACAUUAUAGGAAACUUCCUAGGUAAUUUGGUCUUUUGUGAAGGAGAAUGGGAAAGUCGGAUUCUGGACUUUAUUUCCUAUUCAUUUUGCUGAUAUUCCAAACGGUUGUUGCUGUAAGUAAAGCACGGAUUGUGGCUGUCCCUAAGUUUACCUUGGUACGUGUAGUGGGUAAUGAAGCCAUCAUACCCUGUACUGUCAGUGACUAUGAUCCACAGGUGGAACAGGACUUUGAGUGGAAUUUCUCUCAAGGCACUCAAAAUAUCGACAUCAUCUCAACACUGGAACCUCGUUACCCAGACUCAAAGUAUAAAAACAGAGUAGUAGCUGGAGAUAUCAUGAUAAAACGAAUCAAUGACAGUGCUGCUAAUCUGCAUAUUAAGAAUUUACAACUGUCUGAUGCUGGAACCUACAUUUGUAAAACUCCUAGUACAGAUUCUGCAGUGAAAGGAAAUUAUGACGACAGUGUGGGCAUGAAUGUAAUACCUGAUGGUGUCAAGGUAGCUGUACCCCCAGACGUUCAGCAGCAGUUGGGAGAUCUUGUAGAGGGUGAAGAAUUCCAACUGAAAUGUAGUAUUUCCAAAAAUUCCACAGAAUGUACCCAAAUCUCCAUCACAUUUGAAGUUAAGACGGAAACAAAUGGUAAUCUGCAAGUCCUGUCACUGACACAAGAUGGUAAAUUGCAGCCUGGCACCAAAUACACAGAGCGGUUUCAGAGCGGACACAUUAGGCUGGAAACACAUGAUGACAUUUACCUUCUUUCAGUGUCACAUGCAUUGCUUAGUGACACUGGAACUUACAGUUCUACUGUAACUGAAUGGAUUAAACAGCAAGAUGGCACGUGGCAGGUUGUCCAGCAGAAGGGUGUUCAGCUUGCAAAGGUCAACAUAGAGCGCAUAGCUCAGGUUCUCAGUGUGUCCGCAGUGAUUGGAAAUUUGACUUUAAGUAAAGGUGAAGAUACAGAUCUCACUUGUUACAUCAAGACAGGAAACUCUAAUGCUGUUAGUAAAGAAGUGGUAUGGUAUUUCAGCACUUAUCCUACAGCCACCCCUGGGAAUGAAAAACUGCUUGCCAGCAUGGAUCGUAACUCCAUGAUGAACAGAUCUGAUUACGGGAUCAUUAGCCGUAUGGAUGCCAGUACAUACCAGUACAUGGUCAGGAACGCAAAGGAAACAGACUCAGGGUAUUACUAUUGCAGUGUAACACUGUGGUUACAGGAGUCUAAAAACACUUGGUACCGAGCUGCUGAGAAGAUAUCUGAUGCUGUGCAGCUGAACGUAACUGUCUCAGGUAGGUUGUGUUUUGUUAUAGGGAAUAUUAUUUUGGAUUUUAACAUCUCUGCUGGGAAAAACCUGCCUCGAUAUAGUAUUUCACAUAAACACUGUGAAAAGCAUCUAUUCAGGGUCAUGAUAUUGGAGCAGCAGACCUGUAUGACUAAGCUAUAUUAACAGUUCUAUUCACAUUAUA